AUGCUUGAAAAUCACGGUUAUGGUGCGCUCCUUGGUCUAGGAGCCGAAGAAUUCCACCAUAAGACGUUCUUCAACUCCCCGUACUCACCUUCUAGUUCUGGCUUAGUCGAACACUACCGCUACCAGCUGAGAGAUAUUGCAAACGCAGGUGAACCUCUAAAGGCGUGGAAAUCAACAAAUGCCCUCACUCAUUCCUUCAGGCAGCUCCCCCCGGCCUAUCCCUUCGUCAACAUGGGUCUAGGACCUUCUCGGCUGGACAUGCUUGAGGCAAAAGCUCAGCACAUGCUCAUGACAACCACGAACACCCGCAAGGUGGAAAUCAUCUGCUCGCUCGUCCCCUUUACGGACGAAAAAGCCCAGGUUGCACGGCUAAUGGCGCGUUAUGAUCUUAAUAACUCUUCACACUCCACUGUAGACCUCGGAGCCCUCACGGAGAGUAGAGUGACCAACUGA